AUGUUCAACCUUCGACUUCCAUCCUUUUCCCGUCUGGUCGUGGCAGCAGUGCUGUGCGCCAUGCUGGUGGUCUCUGCAUUUGCCGGACUUAUCCCAAACGUCGUCUCGAGCACCGAAUUCGUCGCUCAUACCAAGGGCGGGCUGGUCAGAGCCUUCGAGUCUGAUGGCAAGUGGCUCGUCGAGGGCUUCGAGGACGCACUUGAUAACGCUGUUUCCCUCCGCAAGUCAAGCUCCUUCGGCCGCAUGCUUCCCGGCCACGAGGUGACUUUCACGCCAACCACCUCGGGCGUCACCGUACACAACCCGGAUUCGCGAUUCCACACCAUCAGGUUUGCCGGAAGUGCCCAAACCUGGCUCCUCUCCCCGAGAUCCAAGCAGACUUUCGACGGCAUCACAAAGCUCCAAGCCCAGCGAGCAAGGCUGUUCAAGCUUAAGCCUGACGCUCAGAUCAACUACGCCGAAUAG